GAAACAAAAAAUCUGGUUGGCACUUGGCAAGGGAGCAGUGGCUCAGCUUUCUGGAUCGUGAGCGUGGAUGUGACUUCACUGAACUUCAAAUGUGGAAAAACCGUGCAUUAAAACUCUCAGUUCCCAAUGCUGCUAAAGUUCGCAGCACAUCGAAUAAUCAAUCUUUCAAACAAACGAGAGGAGUCUGGAGUCUCCACGUAUUCCACCGAUCAGUGAUCCUGUCAAUCAAAAUAUGUAAGCAGCGAAUAAUUUGAAAGAAGAAAGAAAGGUGCAAGAUUACAUUCCCAUAAUCGUGAAUUUAAGACGAGCAAAAUUGCCACCAGCUCGACCCCGCUCUUUUUCUUUUAUUCCGAGCAUAUAUCUUGCUGUACCUAGUUCCUUUUCUUUUGUUUUUUUUUCCAUAAAGGGGGACUGUAAGAGGAUUCAGACGUUUAUAUAUAUAUGUGCGUGCGCGAGUGCGGAUCAUCAUCUGAUUGCAAAGGGAUCCAUCGAUAGAUCGAUCGACUAUCCAGCGGCAGGAAAUUAAUUAGCAACCAAUGGGGAGGAAAGGCAGGGGAAGAGACCAGUCGUUGUCGGCGUCUGAUGAUGAUGAAGAAGAAGAAUUUAUUAUAGACGACAUCACAGACUCCAUUAGAUCCUCUUGGAGAAGUAUUGUUGCUUUGUUCCGCAAUGAUUUCGGACUCGAACUCUCCCGCAUCGGACCUGCCUUCCGCAGAAAUGCUCUUGGAGGAGCCUCUCCGCCUCGCCACUUUGUCAUUCAUCCUCAAAACACGUGGUACGUGGUAUGGACGCAAUUCAUCUUGCUAUGGGCUGUCUACUCCUCCUCCUUCACUCCCUUCGAGUUCGGAUUCUUCCGAGGCUUGCCGGAGCGCCUUUUCUUCCUCGACAUCGCCGGCCAGAUAGCUUUCCUCAUCGACAUCGUCGUUUUAUUCUUCGUUGCCUACAAGGACCGCCGCUCCCACCAGAUGAUCUACGACCGCAACCUCAUCGCCACUCGGUACCUAAAAUCUCGAUUUUUAGUUGAUUUUCUGGGUUGUCUGCCUUGGGAUGCUAUCUACAAGGGUUGUGGAAGAAAAGAACCAGUAAGAUACUUGUUAUGGAUUAGGCUGAGUCGAGCACUUAGAGUAUCUGAGUUUUUUGAGAAGUUAGAGAAAGACAUUCGCAUCAAUUAUCUAUGUACAAGGAUUGUGAAACUAUUUGUUGUUGAACUGUAUUGUACACAUACAGCUGCUUGCAUCUUUUACUAUCUGGCAACUACUCUGCCCCCAUCACAGGAAGGUUACACAUGGAUAGGAAGCUUAAAUAUGGGUGACUAUAGUUAUUCAAAUUUCCGAGACAUUGAUCUUUGGAAGCGCUACAUAACAUCACUAUAUUUUGCCAUUGUUACCAUGGCAACUGUUGGUUAUGGCGAGAUACAUGCAGUCAAUGUUAGGGAGAUGGUAUUCAUCAUGUUAUAUGUAUCUUUUGACAUGAUUCUUGGUGCUUAUUUACUUGGUAAUAUGGCAGCAUUGAUUGUGAAAGGAUCAAGGACGGAAAGGUUUAGGGAUAAAAUGGCUGAACUCAUCAAGUACACGAAUAGAAAUAAACUUGGAAAGAACUUGAGUAAUGAGAUCAAAGGCCAUGUGCGUUUAGACUAUGAGAGCAGCUACACAGAUACUACUGUUCUUAAAGAUAUCCCUGUCUCUAUUCGUGCUAAGAUUUCACGGAAGUUAUUUGAGCCAUACAUUAGAAAGGUUUCUCUUUUCCAAGGAUGCUCUCCGGAAUUUUAUAAGCAGAUUGCUGUUAGAGUCCAUGAGGAAUUUUUCCUCCCAGGAGAAGUGCUUAUAGAGCAGGGAAAUGCAGUAGAUCAGCUAUAUUUUGUCUGUGAUGGUGAAUUGGAGCAAGAAGAAAUUGGGGAAGAUGAUGAGUCAAAAAAGUCAGUUUUGAUUCUACAAUCUUGCAGCUCAGUUGGUGAAGUAUCUAUUCUUUGCAACACUGCUCAGCCUUACACUGUUCGCGUUCGUGAAAUAUGUAGACUGUUGCGACUUGAUAAACAAUCUUUUCUAGAGAUCCUUGAGAUACACUUUUAUGAUGGUAGAAUUAUCUUGAACAACUUCCUUAAUGGAAAAGAAUCCAAUCUUCGAAACAAGCUUCAGGAAUCUGACAUUGCACUCCAUAUUAGAAGGCAUGAAUCCGAGCUGAUUUUGAGGGUACACUGUGCUGUUUUUGAUGGAGACUUGUAUCGACUGAAGUCUUUGAUUGGAGCAGGAGCUGAUCCUAAGAAGACUGAUUAUAAUGGAAGAUCACCAUUGCAUCUUGCUGCAUCCAUGGGUUAUGAAGAUAUUGCUCUUUUCCUUAUUCAACAAGGAGUGGAUAUUGACAUUUCCGACAACUUUGGAAAUAGUCCCUUGCUUGAAGCCAUCAAGAACAGAAAUGAUCAAGUGGCUUCUUUGCUUGUUAAAGCUGGGGCAUCAUUGGCUAUAGAUGACACCGGUAAUUGUCUCUGUUUGGCUGUUGCGAGGAGGGAUAUCGAUUUUCUGAGAAGGCUUUUGAUCUAUGGUGUUAACCCAAACUCCAAAAAUUAUGAUCUCCGAACAGCACUUCAUGUGGCUGCCUCAGAAGGGUUAAAUUCGAUGGCAAAUGUACUUCUAGAAGCAGGGGCAAGUGUUUUCUCAAAGGACAGGUGGGGAAAUACCCCAAUUGAUGAGGCCCGUAUAGGCGGAAAUAAGAAUUUAGUCAAGCUACUGGAAGAUGCAGGGACAGCAACAUUGGCUGAAUUCUCUGAUCACUCUCAAGAAGUUCUCGGUGAUACAAUUCAAAGAAGGAAAUGCAGUGUGUUCCCCUAUCACCCAUUCGAGUCCAAAGUGGAGAGAGAACAAGGAAUUGUUCUAUGGGUUCCACAAACCAUUGAAGAGCUCAUCAAGACAGCAGUGGAGCAUUUAAAAUGUCCAGGUGGUUCUUGCAUUUUAUCAGAAAAUGGGGCUAAAAUUCUUGAUGCAGACCUUAUUGGAAAUGAUCAGAAGCUCUUUUUGGUCAGCAACGCAGAAUGAGGAUAUAUGUUGGGGUGCCACAAAAACUUUUCAUGCUUGUACAACAGACCAGAUAAUUUUGCUUUCCUUAUAUGUAAUGAAAAUGUCAUGACAUAGAAACAUGCUGGCAUGCAAAAGUAUAUUGCUUGUUCCUAUUCUGUUUCCCUGAUGAUUCUGCUGGCCUGGUUUUAAAGAAGGCAGAAUUGGAUAAAUGCAAGAAACAGUUGGGAAAUUGAGCAUGGACACAGACCAUGCAAUUCUGCCUAUUAAUUCAUGUUUGCUUUGGUCGCGGAGUGGAAUGGAAUACAAUGAAAAAAUGAAUGAAAAAUAUGCAAAAAUUCAGGUGAUAAA